AUGGUAGACGAGAAAUCCCCUUCGCAUACAAUGGUAGAUGAGAAGAAAGACAACACCAAGGCCGUCGACCCGGUUCUUCUCCAACAUGCGCAAGAUGCGGACGAGGCGCUGGCCGCCUUUCAGAACCUUCAAGGAGAGGUCAUCGAGCUCGAUGAGGCGACAAACAAGCGACUGUUGCGCAGGAUCGACUGGCAUAUUAUGCCAGUCAUGUGCUUCGUCUAUGGGAUGAACUUCCUAGACAAAACAACCUUAUCCUACGCCAGUAUUAUGGGGAUCAAGACCGACAUUGGUCUGAAAGGCGACGACUACCAAUGGCUAGGCAGUUUAUUUUACUUCGGCUACCUGGCGUGGGAAUAUCCAACCAAUAGACUGCUACAAAGACUUCCCUUAGGGAAGUAUUCCGCAGUGUGCAUCAUUAUCUGGGGAGCCAUCUUGUGCUGCUUUGCUGCUGUGUCCAACUUCUCUGGCGCCGUCGCUAUUCGUUUCUUCCUAGGCGUCUUCGAGGCCUCCGUCACCCCAGGCUUUGCCCUGUUAACCUCGCAGUGGUACACCAAAUCUGAACAAGGAAGCCGCGUCAACAUCUGGUUCAGCUUUAACGGGUUUGCGCAAAUCCUGGGCGGCCUCGUUGCCUACGGCAUUGCCGUCGGGACUGAGAAACACGGCUCCGCCAUCGCCCCCUGGAAGAUUGUAUUCCUGGUCACAGGCCUCCUGACCGUCGUUCUUGGGGUCAUUUUCUACUGGGUUGUUCCUGACAGUCAGCUCAACGCCCGCUGGCUCACCAAGGAUGACCGCAUUCUGGCCGUGGCCCGCGUCCGCGUCAAUCAACAGGGCAUUGGAAACAAGCACUUCAAGCUCCAUCAAGUGAAGGAGGCCUUAAUUGAUCCGAUGACCUGGGCUUUCUUCUUCUACGCUCUCAUUGCAGACAUUCCGAACGGAGGAAUCACUAAUUUCUUCAGCCAGCUGAUAACCUCUUUUGGCUACACCCCCGAACAAUCCCUCCUCUACGGCACUCCCGGCGGCGCCGUUGAAAUUCUCUCCCUCCUCGGCAGCGGCUUUCUUGGCCAAUACACCAACCAACGGCUCCUCUGCAGCGCAGGGGGUCUCCUCUCCGGCAUUAUCGGCAUGGUCCUGAUAGUUGCCCUACCGCUAUCCAACAACGUCGGCCGGCUGAUCGGCUACUACAUGACCCAAGCCAGCGCCACCUCCUUCGUCGCUCUCUUGGCCAUGAUCUCCUCCAACGUGGCGGGCUACACGAAGAAGACCACCGUCGCAGCGAUCUACUUGAUCGGCUAUUGUGCAGGCAAUAUUGUUGGACCCCAAGUCUUCCGUCCCCAGGAUGCGCCCCGCUACGUCCCUGCUGAAAUCACCAUCAUUGUAUGCUAUGGGGUAUCGCUGCUGAUCCUGGUAUUAAUCUGGUGGUGGUACCGGCAGCAGAACGAGAAGAAGGCUCGCGUUCGCGCUAGUCCAGAGUAUACACGGCUGGAGAAUCAGGAGUGGAUGGAUCUGACGGAUUGGGAGAACCAUGAUCUUGUUUAUGCUUUGUGA